UGGCGGCUCGUAAAAAUUAAUUAUUUACCCCAAUGAAUCUCCCAGAGCCAGCCACCACCUCUGAGCACCGUCCUGCGCCGCCGGAGAACCUCGCUACAAGCAAGAAACGCCCGUAGGCCGUAGAGACAGGUAGCUGCUGCAACAGAAAUGUCUGAUCUGCUGUUUGAGUGUUGAUCGAUCAAGAAGCGGGGCCGCCCUUCCGGUCCAGAUCCGACCGGUUCAGCUGGGGGAAGCAGGAUGGCACCCCCCGUGGCUGAUUCCGUCGACGGCGCCCAGGCUUUGGUGGUCAGCUGCUUGACGGACGGGCAAGAAUGCAUCAGAGUUUGCCUGCCGGAGGGGGCUCUGGUAGUGGUAGGUGGAGGACCGAGCAGUCGCAUUCCUUCCCCUCCUUCCGUGGAUGGGCCGGCUCGGGCGGCGGUAUUCGCAGCCUCCGUCCAGAGUUCGGUAGCCGGAGAAGGAACGCUCCCCACACCGCCUGCCGUCGGUGGCGAGCGGCCGUUGGUGGGUUCUGUUUCUGUAGGAUGGAGGGCGGCCGUCGCGACUCCCCCCGCGCAGCCGGUGAGGGACGCUGCUAGUUCAUCCUUGCCACCUCGCGCGGUACCAGCAGGCUGGAAACGAAGGCCUCGGGGACCUGCAGUCCCGGACGAGCGACCUCCAUCGGUGGGGAGGGUCCCUGCUCUUGAAGCAUCUCUGCGUGGCUUCGCUGCCAGACAGACAGACGUGAUUGUUAACCCGACGAUGGGCACCGUGUUCGAUUCUCUCCCUGAAGCCUAUGAAUUCUACAACAUGUAUUCAUGGGAGAGCGGAUUCGGUAUAAGAUAUGGCAAGAGUAGGCAUAACGUCCGGGGAUCAAAGUGCAUGCAAGAAAUAGUUUGUGGAUGCUCAGGCAAGCCAGUGAGGGACAACAGUGCGUCGAAUCGAACAAACUGCCCUGCACUCGUUCGGUUACUGAGGACCGACGACCAUGCUUGGUUUGUUAGUGAACACCGGGUGUCUCACAACCACCCCAUGCUAGGCACAUGUGCGGAGAAGCUCCACUGCCCGUCGCAUAAGCAUAUAGACAAGUACACGAGGGAUCUGGUUAAGCAGCUUAGGGAGAACAAUGUUAAUCUCAGCAAAGUGUAUGGCGUCAUUGGCAGCUUGUUUGCCAGGAUGGAGAACGUCCCUUUCACGAAGAGGUGCCUGCGGAAUUUCUGUGGAAAACUUAGCAGAGAGCAGGCCGACGAUGAUGUCUGGAAGACAAUGGAAGUGUUCUCUCAAAUUGGUGCAGAUGACCCAGACUUCUCUUAUGUGGUGGAAGUGGACAAGGAAAGUAAAAUCAAGACUCUGUUGUGGUCUAAUGGACGGAGCAAGCUACAGUACCGCAACUUUGGGGACGCAAUUACAUUUGACACAACAUACAGGACCAAUCUGUAUGACAUGCCGUUUGGGUUGUUCGUUGGGGUUAACAACCACUUCCAGAGCAUCAUCCUGGGGGGUGUUCUGAUGAGGGAAGAGAAGAUUGGUAGUUUCAAAUGGGUGUUCAGUGAAUUCGUGAAGAUGAUGGGUGGCCGUCAUCCACAGACUAUACUAACCGAUCAAGCACGUGCCAUGGAGGUCGCAAUUCAGCAAUUACUGCCUGGUACAACACACCGGUGGUGCAAGUGGCACGUUUUGCGCAAGGCUAAGGAGAGUCUUGGGGCUCAUUACAGAAAACGUGGAGAAUUCCAACCGGAAUUUCACAAGGUCCUAAAUGCCAUGCUGACAGCAGAAGAGUUCGAAUCAGCUUGGCAUAUUCUGGUGGAGAAGUACAAGCUACAGAACAACACAUUCAUGACUCAAAUUUUUGAGGUUCGUCACAAAUGGGCCAAGCCUUACUUCAGUGGCAAGUUCUGUGCGAGGAUGACCAGCACUGAACGAAGUGAGAGUGCCAACCAUCUUCUCAAAGGCUACGUCCCGCCGGGCUGCCCGAUGAACUUAUUCGUUAAGCAGUACAUGAAAAUCCAGUUUGACAGGGAGUCGGAGGAGGGAUUCCAGGAGAAGCGGACGUGUAUGGGCGGUGUGGUGCUGAGGUACAACCUACCGCUAGAGGAACAUGCAAGCAAGGUGUACACCAAGACAAUGUUUGAAAUGUUUCAGGGUUUCAUGUACAAAGCUGGCAGGUACAUACUUGUUGAGGAAAUGCAGGGCCGAAUUUAUGCUGUGAGGCAUGUCAAUGGUGAAGCCCGUGAGAGGUGGAGUAAAAUUGAAUACACCGUCGCCGUAUCUGCUGACCGUGGCAAGUUUAGCUGCGAGUGCGGGUUGUUCGAGCACAUGGGCAUGGUCUGCUGUCACAUCUUAAAGGUGAUGAUGGCACUAGACGUGCAGCGUAUCCCAGAAUUUCACAUUGUCAAGAGGUGGACGGUUGAUGCGAGGGAUAACUUACCAUCUCAUUUACUGCACUACCAAAAAGACCAGGGGUCGAAGACAUCAUCUUCUUUCAGGCACUCCGCCUUGUACCUCAGUGCUCUUGAGGUAGUGCAGUUGGGUGAUAGCAAUGUGGCUGCGUUUGAACGGGGGAUGGACAUUCUACUUGCUGCGAAGGUUGAACUGGCUGGUCUAGCAGCGGUCAAGGAUGGAUUGGGCCUGACUGAGAGAGCAACGGUGGAUGCACCGGUUAGCCCACCGAACCGUAGGAAGCGGCCGUGUAUGCCAACGACUGGACGCGACAAGCCACCGUACGAGGUUACAGAGAAGCGUUCUCGAUUUUGUAAGAUAUGCAGGGGGAAAGGACACAAAAGCACCACAUGUCCAAGCAGAGGAGAUUUGCCGAAGAAGCAAAGGCAGGAGCAAAGAUGUAGCAACUGUGGAGUGACUGGUCACAGGAAAACUAGCUGCUGCAAACCGUUGGCCCCCUUACAGAUCCCUAUGGAUAUUAGUAUAACAUAAAAAUGUUUGGGUUUGUUUGUGUAAUCUUGUAAUUGUUCUCAGACAUUUGUUGAUCGACAAAUGUAUUGCAUGCGUUGGAAUAAUAAACCAGUAGUGGUGUCGUUUGUAUUCAGAA